UUUCCGCAUUCUGCAAAUAGCUGUCGGCAGAAGCGCAACUUGCAAGAGGGGGAACUGUCACGUCUGAGGAACCUCCUGGCUGUCUACUCGUGGGAAUAGGGCUGCGAAACUACGGGAGAGACAUGCCUUACAUACUGAUCAGCACGCAGAUCAGACUGGAAAAUGGCCCAACCAAUGUGGGAGAUGAGUAUUCUGAUCCAGCUGUCAUGAAUUACUUGGGAGCAAGGAAAACAACCAUGCUGGGAAAUAAUUUUUCAGAGUACCAUGUGGACGAGCCACCUCGCCUGGUGUUGGACAAGCUGGAGAAGAUAGGCUUCCGCAUGCUGACAAUGACGGGAGUAGGGCAAACGCUUGUGUGGUGCCUUCACAAGGAGCCAUAAUGACAUUUCGACAGGUGGACCGGGAAACAUCUUGAAAAAGUUAUUUUUUUCCUUCACUGUGGAAUUUUCAAAGCUGCCAAGUUAUCUAUCUGUCCGUCUUCUAUAGUGCUUGUCCUCAUUUAGGGUUGUGGGUGAGCUUAAGCCAAUCUACAAGUUGCCAGCCAAUGACAGGCAAACAAAUUUAGAAAAGUGAAAUAUGAUUUUUUUCCAUUCUGUUUAUUUAAUCUACUAAUGAUGACCAAAUGUACAUUUAGGGAGUGAAAUAUUGUGCGUGGUUAGUUUGUAUUGACAGUAAUGUUGCCAAAUGAUUUGCAGAACUUUCAAAUGCUUGUGAUUAAAUAUUUUAAUGUCG